UGGCCGCAAGGUAGCCAAUACCUCCCUGUCACAGUGCAUGCGCAGUCCGGGCACGUUCCUCACCGCCUCCGUUGGCAGUGCGUGUGUGUCGAGUGUGUCGAGUGUGUCGUGUUGGUCGUGUGUGCUUUGUGUGUGUGUAGGACGCCCCUACCAGGGUGGUCUCGGACGCCCGUGCUGAAGGCGGGCCAAGUCGCCUUCCAUGUCCUCUUGUGGACGGCCUACUCGUCCAUCGGCUGCACCGCGCUGGUCCUGCGCUACUUGCUGCGACAGACCUGCGAGACUCGGGGCAGCUGGUUGUGCACGAGAGCCAUCCGGCUGGGCAGCGUGGGUUACGACUACGCCGGGACAAAGCAGCUCCUGUCCAAGACCAAACUGACCCGCAUCGUCAAGGUGCCUUGA